AUGUGCGAGGCGUCCCGACCCGACACGGAGCCGCAGACGCAAACACAAGCCACAUCCGAAUCCCAGCCACACGGCGAUGCUCGUGACCAGGAAAUAUCACCCACGAGCCGUACCCUCGCCCGCAUUGGCUCCCGUGCCCGGGCUGCCGCUGCAGCUUCCCGGCCGCCGGCGGACCCAGAAGUCGCGGAGUCGUCCCCGGAUGAACAGCAUCGCCGUCGCGGUAGCAGCGGCGGUGGCGCCUCCGCGGCUACCACACGGGAUGGCGGUGGUGACGACCCGGGCCCCAGCGGCCGCGGGCCCCCUCCACUUGAAAAGCAAGGUAGCCUCCGAAGCUCGGCUCGGGGCCGGAAGCAGCAGCAACCCGUCGCCGCCGCUGCCAGCGCGGAGGCAGCAGCGGCAGCAGCAGAGGGUGCGGAGGGCAGCAGCGGCGGUGGUGUCGCCAGCGCAGCCCGGCACACGCGACACAGCACGCGUGGCGUGGGCGCUGCUGUCAGGCGGAGCCAAGGUGGAGGAGACGAGGCAACGGGGUCGCCCCCGCCGCCGCCGCCGGCGGCAGAUGCGACGGAGGACACCCCUGUCAUUUCCACACGACGCAGCACGCGCAAGGGGGUUACUGGCUCAGCAGCGCCGCCGUUGCCGCCGACGGUGCAACCCACAUCACCUGGCAAUGCAGGGCAAGGCGCGGGGAUGCACGAGGAUGAGGCCGUGCCGACGGUGGUGGUGGCGGCAGCGGCGACAGCGCCGAGUGUUGCCUCGCCGGCGGCGGCGGCAGCAGUGGCGGCAGCCGCACCGGAGCCGGAGCCGAUACGAGAUGAUGAUGGGGCAGGGGCUGACGCUGAGGGUAAUGUCUCCAGGACGCGGAACGGUACGGCAGCAGCCGCCACCGCCACCGCUACCGGCAAGCUAGCCGCGUCGGCGCGCGCAAAGGGACGCUUUGGCGCGGGUCGCGGCGGCACACGCGGCGGGCAGCGGCGGGGUUCGGCGGCUGCGGCGGAGGAGAAGGCGGAGGAGGCCGAGGCGGCCGUCGUGCCAGCGGAGGCGGCACAGCUGCCGUCGCCGCCACCACCACCACCACCGCCGCAGAGUGUUGCGGAUCCCACCGCCAAGGUGCCGCCAGCGGAAGCUGCUGCUGCGGCGGCGGAGCCGCCGCCCACGGCGCUAGCGCGCGAGCCCAAGGCUGCUGAUGACAUCAUCAUGGAGGAUGCACAGGGCUCGGUGGCGUCCCCGCCGUCCAGUCAGCGACACAAGCGUCAGCGCUCGGAAGCCCUGCUGCCAAGCGCCGUCGCCACAGCCGGGACGGCCCCGGCUGCCGCGCCUCCUGUGCCGGCUGCCGCCACCGCCGCCGGCGCCGCCACGGCCGGUGGUGACCCCGACGGGGAGGAAGCCCCGGGGGCCAGGGCUGGCACGCAAGCGGUCAAAGCGCCGGCGCUGCCGCCGCCUGCGGCGGCAGCGGCCGCUGCCGCUGGCGGCAACGGCAGUGGCGUCAGCGGCGGCGGCAGUUUUGAGGGCCGAAUCUCAGAUCGCAUCUCCGCAGCCCUGACCAAAUUAGAGCAGGCCCGCAGCCAGGAGGCGGAGGCGGUUUCGGAGCUUAAUAGCUGCGCGCAGGCGCUGUAUGACCAUCCUUUCAACUUUCAGUCGUACAAGAACUCCCGGCUAGCGGCCAUGGUGAUGCGCGCCAGCAAGACCGCCGCCAAGGCGGUGGCGGGGGGUGCGCUGACGGGGGAGGGCGGGCUGCAGCCGCUGGCUCAGGUGGCGGCGGACAUGAAGGGCAUCGUCGCCGUCAUCAAGCGAUUGAACGAGGCCAAGGUGGGACAGACGCAGGAGUCACUGCGGGACGCCAUGAACAAUCUGGGCAUACAGGCGCCGCCUCCGGCGUCGGCGCCUCCUGCGCCGGCGCCGGCGCCUUCGGCGCCGCCUCCGCCGGCCGCCGCCGACGUGGCGGUGGCGGACGCAGCGGUGCCUGCGCCUUCGGCACCGCCAUACAGCCAGCACAUCGUCUCAGCCUUUGCGACAACGGGGGAGCCGCUGCGCGACAAGGCCAUUGCCGUACUGGCGCACGCGCUGAGCGGCGCGACGCCUGUACAGCCCGUACAGGCAGCGCUGGCCAUUGAGGCGCAGUUAGCACGCCAGCUCGGUACGCCUGGCGCCGGCGGCGAGUCGUACCUUGCCCGGCUCCGCUGGCUGUGCGACUUGCUCGCCAGCGACGGCGCGCACUUCGUACCUGAGGUGGGACGACUUGUGCUGGAAGGGAGGCUCAGCGCGGAGGACCUCGUGGCAUUUGAGGGUGGUGGCGGUGCGGCCGCCGCCAUGCCGCCACCACUGCCCCAGCUGCGGUAG